AUAGGUCUGUGGAGUUGGGCCUUACUGGCCUCACACAAAAGUAAUGCCAGUUAGGCUUUAGGCUUCUUGUUUUUAUACAUCUGGUUCAGUGACAUUGAAUAAUAAUACUGAAUACUACUGAGUACUUGAGAAGAUCAACAGACAAAAAUGUUUUCCUUUUCAAAAAUUAUGUGGCGCACAGGAGGAUUAUCUGGAGUUUUGAGAGGUCAAAUGUUUACACAGGCAAACCAAUUCAGUUUACGGAGUAUUUGUCAACUAACAAGUCAGAUUACUGGAGUUUUUUCUAAAAAUUGUUUUACAGCUUCAUUUGGUAGUGUCCAACCAGGACUAUGCAAAGCAACUCAUCCUCAAGUUGUUCAUCAAAGCAUAAGGACUAAAAAUACAGGGAAAAGAAUAUACUACGUUGGUAGUGCAUGGAAGCGUUAUAAUAAACAUAAUAUUGAGAGAAGACUUACAACCAAUGGAGGUUUAGAAAUCUUGUGGAGAAAAACUUUAAAAGGCAAGCAUGUACUUGCUGCUUAUGAGAGAAUCUUGCCCAAUACUGUUGAUGGAAGGAUCCUUCCUCAACACCUCUUUAGAUUUCAAAAACACCCUCUCACAAAAAACAGGUUACCAAAACCAGGACUCUAUUAAAUGUCAGAAUUCAUAUGAUUUUGAGUGAUAGUUUGAAAAGAGGAAGAUUGUGUCUUAAAAUUGUGUUGUAACAUUUUUUAUAUAUGUUACAGCAAUGAAUAAACAGUGAUUAUUACCGGA